UCGCUGCACCCGCACCAUGCGGCUCUUACUCGCGACCCUCGCCCUGUGCGCGGCUUUAGGUAGUUGUUCGAAAUUAAAGGGACUUCCCAUUAAUCGUAAAAAAAAUGUACUAACAAUGCUACGUGGCCAAGAUCUCAAAUUUCCAUUGCUCUCGCCGGAGAAGCAAUUUGAAUAUUUGCUUUACAUUAAAAAAGUUCCUAAAGGUUUCAAGCAAACUACCGGUACGGUCAGUGAAUAUGCGAAGUUAUUUUCGAAUUUACUUACAGGAGUGCAUGGAAAGCACAAAAGCAAGAAACAUGUGCUAAGCAAAAGGAGUACCAGUAAUUUAAAGUGUCAUGAAAAUGGAAGAUUUUACAGAAACCCGGAUCGCCCGGAACAGGCAACGUGGACGAACGACGAGUGCGCCAAAUAUUACCUGUGCCUCCAGAACGAAGUCUUCGAGUUCCGUUGUUCCCCGGGACUGCUUUUUGACGUGAACCGACAGUUGUGUGACCAAGCGCAGAAUGUUCACAAUUGUGACGUCACUACUGAGACACAUAUUCCGAAGCCCCUGCUGGAAAACGGCCCAUGCGCCAACGAGACCCACCUCGCCUGCGCUAACGGAAACUGCGUGCCUGCGGAGUACUUCUGCGAUGGAUCCAACGACUGCGCUGACUCCUCUGAUGAAGGCUGGUGCGACGUGCAGUACGACCCUAAUUCUGCGGCGCCCUGCGACACGGGACUGUGUCAGCUGCCGGACUGCUUUUGCACCAAAACCGGGACUGAGAUCCCUGGUGGUUUAAUUCCAAAUCAGACUCCUCAAAUGAUCCUCCUGACCUUCCACGGCCCAGUGAAUCACGAGAACUGGGACGUGUUCGCAAAGCACCUGUUCACCGAGCGCCGGAACCCAAACGGAUGCAAUAUAAAGGCUACUUUCUUCAUCCCACAUCAAUAUACCAACUACAGACAUGUUCAGAAGCUGUGGAACGAGGGACAUGAGAUCGCUGUCAACUCUAUUACAAAUCGUGGUCCCGAGGAAUGGUGGUCGAAAAACGCCACUGUAGAGGAUUGGUUCGAUGAGAUGGUCGGCCAAGCGAACAUUAUCAACAGAUUCGCUAAAGUACGCAUGGAAGAUUUCAGGGGGCUCCGCGUCCCUCACCUGUCAUUGGGUUGGAACCGCCAGUUCCUUAUGAUGCAAGAAUUCGGAUUCGUGUACGAUGCGACGGCGGUUGCGCCCGUAUCCGACCCGCCCUACUGGCCAUACACGCUCGACUACAAAAUGCCGCAUAAGUGUUCCGGAAACCAGUACUGCCCUACCCGGAGCUACGCCGGCCUAUGGGAGAUGCCCAUAAACCCAUUCCUGAACGAUGCAGGGAAGGAAGGCGAGGAAGUCUGUACGACCCUGGACCAUUGCCAAGUUGACAGAUAAGAGGUGUAUGAUACCCUGGUCAGCAACUUUAAAAGGCAUUAUUUGAAGAACAGAGCGCCUUUCGGCAUCCAUUUGAACUCUACGUGGUUGAAAAAUGCGGAAUAUUUGCAUGCAUUUAAGAAAUUCAUUAGUGAACUAAUGAAACUGCCUGACGUGUACUUCGUGACAAACAAGCAAGCCAUUGAAUGGAUGAAACGGCCAACACCAGUGCUCCAUAUAAACAAGUUUGAACCGUGGCAGUACAAAAACCAAAGUUUGGACGAUGUUGAAUACGCCUGCCAUAAGCCGAGGACUUGCAAACUUCAGUCAAAAGUUUUACAACAUGAUAAGUAUAUGAUAACAUGCCAGGGUUGUCCACAGAGUUAUCCAUGGAUAAGAAAUGAGUUUGGAUUAGAUUAAUAUUCAAAAAUAAUAUACCAUCACUGACACAAAUACACAAUUAAAUCACUGUUGAUAUUACUUUUGGGCAUUCUAAAAGUUUUGAGUCUGUGGUAUGUGACAAUUUUUUUGCUUUUGAUAAACCCAACAGGUUGGCAAAACUUUAGAUGUAAAUUUUGUAAAUAAGAGAUUUUUGUAGAUUAUGUAUAAGCAAUUCUUAUUGUCUCAUCUCUACUAAAGAAGACCGUUUUGUAUAUGUCGUAGUCCCCAAAGUAUACCAAUAGUAAGUUAAGUGUGUUCAGUUAGUAAAUAUGCUAUAACUUAUGACUUAAGUUACCAGUGGAGCAGAAGACUUGAUGAAUGAUUUGGACAUGGUUGUUCCAUAGUAUUAUUUAAUGUAAUAGGUUUUUUAAAUGUUAAGCUUGUGUGCAAUAAUUUAUUGAUUGUA